GUGUGUUAGGAGGACCGCUCACAGCCGGGACAGAGCCAGAGUUUCUGGAGUUUCUGGAGUUUCUGGAGGCAUAAAACCUGGAGCACAGACCCGGGACAUAGACGGAGCUUCUGGACUUUUUAUUUAUUUAUUUAUUCAAUGAUUUAAAAAAAGAAUUGCAUAUAAAACUGCACAGCAGCGAUGACAUAGGUUGAUAUUAAAUAUCACUGAGGAUUAAAAACUCAAUAAAGUCAGGAUUAUUUCCAUUGUGGAACUCGAACACUUUCCAGACAAAAACCAGCUCAAACAACAAGACAUCAUUAACAUAUAUCAGCAGACGGUGACAACACGCUUCUGUCUUUCUCUGUCAAACAGUUAACAAAAUUAAGAGUGGAACUUGAGAAAGCUAUACGGUGCUUUGAAAACUUUAAGGACUUUUCUUUAUGGAGUUUCUGGAGGGAUAAAACUCAGAGGAAAGAGCUGGGACAGAGCCAGGGAUCCUGGAGGAAAGAGCCGGCAUAGAGCCAAGGAUCCUGAAGGAAAGAACUGGGACAGAGCCAGGGAUCCUGGAGGAAAGAACCGGGACAGAGCCAGGGAUCGUGGAGAAAGAGCCGGCACAGACCCAGGGAUCCUGGAGGACAGAGCCGGCACAGAGCCAGGGAUCCUAGAGGAAAGAGCCAGGACAAAACCAGAGAUUUUUAGGACUCCGAAGAAGACUUUUAGUCUUCCUUACUCUUCUGCACUGAAAUAGUUUUUUUUCUAAAUACAUUGUAAGUUCUUUAAAUCUUCUCUAAACUAUAAACUAAAUAAAAGCCAGAGGAAAGACCCGGGACAGAGCCAGGGAUCGUGGAGGAACGAGCCGGCACAGAGCCAGGGAUCCUGGAGGAAAGAGCCGGCACAGAGCCAGGGAAUCUGGAGGAAAGAACCGCAGCUUCUGAAGCGAUAAAAACCGGACACACAGGAAUCUCUGGUCAGAGGAACUUGUGCUGAUUAAUUCAGAAGAAAGGAGUGUGUGUGUGUGUGUGUGUGUGUUUGUCUGUCUGUCUGUCUGUGUGUCUGUGUGUGUCUCUGUCUGUCUGUCUGUCUGUCUGUGUGUGUUUGUCUGUCUGUCUGUCUGUGUGUGUCUCUGUCUGUCUGUCUGUGUGUGUGUGUGUGUGUGUGUGUGUGUGUGGGUGUGUGUGUGAUGGUGGGGGAGAUGGAGGGGAAGGAGAAGCCGAGGCCCGGUGGUCCAGAUUAUCUGAUGCAGUUGAUGAACGAUAAGAAGCUGCUGAGCAGUCUUCCCAACAUCUGCGGGAUCUUCCAACAUCUGGAGAGACUACUGGACGAGGAGAUCAGCCGCGUGAGGAACAACAUGUAUGUGAACACUCUGAACGGGUCAGACAGAACCGGCGAGCUGCCCGACGCCAUUGGCCCGGUCGUCCAGCUGCAGGAGAAACUCUACGUCCCGACCAAGGAGCACCCCGAGUUUAACUUUGUUGGGAGGAUCCUGGGUCCUCGCGGUCUGACGGCGAAGCAGCUGGAGGCAGAGACAGGAUGUAAGAUCAUGGUGAGAGGGCGGGGCUCCAUGAGAGACAGGAAGAAGGAGGAGCAGAAUCGAGGUAAGCCUAACUGGGAGCAUCUGAACGAGGACCUCCAUGUCCUCAUCACGGUGGAAGACGCUCAGAAUCGCGCCGAGAUCAAACUCAGACGCGCCGCGGAGGAAGUCAACAAGCUGCUGGUGCCUGCCGCAGAGGGGGAGGACAGUCUGAAGAAGAUGCAGCUGAUGGAGUUAGCCAUCCUGAACGGGACAUACCGAGAUGCUAACAUCAAGCCCUCCUCCCUUUCUUUCUCUCUUGCAGCAUCCAAUCAGAGUCCUCGUGUCCUCUCUUGCCAUGCCCCCAUGCUGCCUGCCGCCCUGCGCCCCCCCGCCCCCACAGGCCCCGCCCUGAUGCCUCUGAUUCGUCAGAUCCAGACGGUGCUGCCCAAUGGGACGCCAGUGCUGCAGGGGGCGGGGCCUGAGUCGGGGCUGAUCUACGCCACGCCGUACGACUACCCGUACGCUCUGGCGGCGCCGGCGUCCAUCUUGGAGUACCCACUGGACUCUGGGGGGGUGUUGGGUAAGCUGGCCCCCCCCUGCUCCUGUGACUGCUCCCCCACACCGCACCACCACCACCAGUGGAGCCCGGCCCCCACGCUGCUCCUCAGACACGCCUCCUGAAGCCUGGAGGACGCCAUCCCCGCACCGCGCUCGCAGUUCAGAACUCUAAAGAUGGCCUCCUCGCUCACAGUUCAGAACUCUAAAGAUGGCCUCCUCGCUCACAGUUCAGAACUCUAAAGAUGGCCGCCGCGCCAAAACCUCCUGAUACAGCGCUGCCAUCUGAAACAUGGACGUAUUAUAAGGAUUAUUGACUGGACACUGGAUCUAUUUUAGUUCAGUGGAGCUGGUCAUCUGGCACAAAGUGCGGUUAUAGCCGGUUAUAGCCGGUUAACCGGUUAUAGCCAGCAGAGAGAACUAGUAUAGUGCGGUUAUAGCCGGUUAUAGCCGGUAGAGAGAACUAGCAUAGUGCGGUUAUAGCCGGUUAACCGGUUAUAGCCGGUAGAGAGAACUAGCAUAGUGCGGUUAUAGCCAGUUAUAGCCGGUUAACCGGUUAUAGCCGGCAGAGAGAACUAGUAUAGUGCGGUUAUAGGCAGUUAUAGCCAGUUAACCGGUUAUAGCCGGCAGAGAGAACU